AUGCCGGUCCUCGUGGUCGAUGACUACAAAACGAUGAUUCGCAUCAUUCGGAACCUGUUGAAGCAACUUGGUUUCGAAGACAUCGACGAUGCCGCGGACGGCACCGAAGCCCUGGAAAAAAUGAAGCAGCGCCGUUACGGCCUGGUCAUUUCGGACUGGAAUAUGGAGCCGAUGACCGGCUACGAACUGCUCAAGCAGGUUCGUUCCGAUUCUGGUCUCAGCAAAACCCCGUUCAUUAUGGUCACUGCGGAAUCCAAGACGGAAAACGUCAUUGCCGCAAAGAAAGCCGGUGUGAACAACUACAUCGUGAAGCCGUUCAAUGCUCAGACGCUCAAGGGCAAGAUCGAAGCUGUUUUCUCCGAGUGA